UUUAUCUUCUCUCCUGUACAUUGUUCUUCUUCACAAUCUGCAACAUUUUUAAUUAGGGUUUCUUAGUUUUGAGAGACAUCAUGGAGAUAUAUGGAAUGGUUACAGGAAAAGCAGGAAAGAGUGGAUACGGAUCAGCAUCAACAGCUGAAGAUGUCACUCACUCCAUUGAUGCCAAACAUCUCACUGCCAUCAUCACAGGUGGAACAAGUGGGAUUGGAUUAGAAGCAGCAAGAGUGUUGGGAAUGAGAGGAGCUCAUGUCAUUAUCGCGUCAAGAAACACAAAAGCAGCUAACGAUUCUAAAGAGAUGAUUCUUCAGAUGUACCCUAAUGCACGCAUCGACUGUCUUCAGCUUGAUCUCUCUUCUAUCAAAUCCGUCAGAUCCUUCAUCCAUCAGUUUCUUGCCCUUAAUGUCCCUCUCAACAUACUCAUAAACAAUGCAGGUGUUAUGUUCUGUCCUUUCCAGCUCAGUGAAGAUGGGAUUGAAUCACAAUUCGCAACAAACCACAUUGGUCAUUUUCUGUUGACGAAUCUCCUUCUGGACAAAAUGAAGAGUAGUGCACGAGAAAGUGGGAUCGAAGGAAGGAUCGUGAAUCUGUCAUCUAUCGCUCAUACUUAUACUUACACCGAAGGCAUAAUGUUCGAUUACAUCAACGACCCAGAUCGAUAUUCUGAGCAAAAAGCUUAUGGACAGUCAAAACUGGCAAACUUAUUGCACUCCAAUGCACUCUCUCGUAAACUACAGGAGGAAGGUGUGAACAUCACAAUAAACUCGGUACACCCUGGACUUAUAACCACUAAUCUCUUUCGUCACUCCGGUUUAGGAAUGGCGGUCCUCAAGGCUAUGAGUUUCUUCUUAUGGAAAAACAUACCACAGGGAGCAGCAACGACAUGCUACGUGGCACUUCAUCCUGAUUUAAAAGACGUCACCGGGAAGUACUUCGCGGACUGUAACGUCACCACUCCAAGUAACUUCGCCACCGACACUACCCUCGCCGAUAAACUUUGGGAUUUCAGUAUAAAACUCGUCGAGUCUCUUCCCUAACUAUAUAUCUAAACGAAUUUGUACUCCAUAAUGUUUUACAUUAAUUUUUAUCACCACAUAUUUGUUUAUGGAACUAAUAUUAUAAUCAGAAACACCAUUGAAAAAAUAAAAUGAAAUGUAACUAGAUGUCUAAAUAAUAU